UUGCUAUCCUGCCCCCUGAAGUGAUAGGGAAAGAGAAGAAGACUUCAACAGCCUCCUCUUCCAUCAACCAUUUUCAUUUUCCUUCCCAGCUCGCUUAGAGUCACUGCAUCUUUCAGUUACUAUCUCACUGAUUCACUUUCACUCACAUGAUUAUGCAUGAAUCUGUAAGUGUAGCCUGUAAAUUCUGCAAUGACUUCACUUACACUGCCUCUCCAAGCCAUUGCUCUCCACCAAUCGAAGCUCCCAUUUGCUUCCGCUCCCAAUCGUUUCUCAACUCCUUCUUCCAGAACCUUCUUUGCGUUGCCAUUAGUCUACAAAUCCAUCAAGCUGACUUCUCCUGCCUUCGCUUCCACCGGUGAUUCAUCGCUCCAUUCCACCUCGGUAACCGUCGAUGCCGAAGAUCCCGCCGCAGAUACCGCCACCGAGUUCGUCAUCCGCACGCGUAACCGGAUCGGUCUCCUCCAGGUCAUCACUCGAGUCUUCAAUGUCCUUGGGCUCCUCGUCGACCGGGCCGCUAUCGAGUUGGAGGGCGAUUUCUUCGUUCAGAGGUUCUACGUUACCGAUUCCCAUGGCAACAAGAUUGACGGCCAAGAUAACAUCGAUAGGAUCAAAAGAGCGCUGUUCGAGGCUAUCGACAGCGGUGGUGAUGGGACUACGGGGACGUCCGUGGCAGUGGCGCCUGCGGGAAGAGGGCUCGUGGUUAGGCGCGCGGGGUUCGGGUUAGGGCUCGGAGAUGGGAGUGCUAAAGCAGAGCGGAUGUUUGGAUUGAUGGAUGCGUUUCUGAAGAACGAUCCGGUUAGUUUACAAAAGGAUAUUUUGCAUCAUGUUGAGUAUACGGUGGCACGAUCAAGAUUUAGUUUCGAUGAUUUUGAAGCUUAUCAGGCUCUGGCACACAGUGUAAGAGAUCGGUUGAUUGAGAGAUGGCAUGAUACUCAAAUGCACUUCAAGAGGAAAGAUCCAAAGCGUCUAUAUUUUCUCUCACUUGAGUUUCUUAUGGGUCGUUCCUUGUCAAAUAGUGUAAUCAACCUUGGGAUUAAAGAUCAAUAUGCAGAUGCCUUAAGCCAGCUUGGUUUUGAGUUUGAGGUUGUGGCAGAACAGGAAGGAGAUGCUGCCCUUGGCAAUGGUGGCCUUGCUCGUCUCUCAGCAUGUCAAAUGGAUUCUCUGGCAACUUUGGACUAUCCUGCAUGGGGUUAUGGAUUACGCUACCAAUAUGGUUUAUUCCGUCAGGUUAUUUUGGAUGGUUUUCAGCAUGAACAACCUGAUUACUGGUUGAAUUUUGGAAAUCCUUGGGAGAUAGAGCGUGUUCACGUAUCAUAUACAGUGAAGUUCUAUGGGAUUGUUGAAGAAGAACUCUUGAAUGGGGAAAAGUUUCAAGUCUGGGUCCCUGGAGAAACAGUUGAAGCAGUGGCAUACGACAAUCCUAUACCUGGUUUUGGAACAAGGAAUACCAUCAAUCUCCGCCUCUGGGCUGCAAAGCCUAGUGAUCAGAGUGAUAUGGAGUCUUAUAAUACUGGUGACUACAUCAAUGCCAUUGUCAAUAGACAGAGAGCAGAAACAAUAAGUAGCGUUUUGUACCCUGAUGAUCGUUCUUACCAGGGAAAGGAAUUGCGGUUGAAACAACAAUACUUUUUUGUCUCGGCAUCAUUACAAGACAUCAUUAGGAGAUACAAAGAUAGUCACAAUAACUUCGAUGACUUUGAAGAAAAGGUUGCUUUGCAGCUAAACGACACUCACCCGUCCCUUGCAAUUGCUGAGGUCAUGAGAAUCCUCAUUGACGAAGAGCAUUUGGGUUGGGAUAUAGCAUGGAACAUUGUACUGAAAAUAUUUUCUUUUACAACUCAUACUGUAUCAUCUGCAGGACUCGAAAAAAUUCCUGUUGAUCUACUGGGGACUCUUCUCCCACGCCAUUUACAAAUUAUAUAUGAUAUAAACUUCAAUUUCAUGGAAGAUUUGAAGAAAAGGAUUGGUCUGGAUUAUGAUCGGUUAUCCCGGAUGUCAAUUGUUGAGGAAGGGGCUGUUAAGAAUAUUCGAAUGGCGAACCUAUCAGUUGUUUGCUCUCACACUGUGAAUGGCGUUUCCAGAAUGCAUUCAGAACUACUAAAAACAAGAGUAUUCAAGGACUUCUAUGAGCUGUGGCCUCAAAAAUUUCAGUACAAGACAAAUGGUGUAACACAGCGUCGUUGGAUUGUUGUGAGCAAUCCUAGUUUAUGCAUUCUUAUCUCAAAAUGGCUGGGAACAGAAGCUUGGAUCCGUGAUAUUGACCUUUUAGCUGGCUUGCAAGAAUAUGCUAAAAGUUUGGAGCUCCAUCAAGAAUGGAAAAUGGUCCGGAAAGUUAACAAAAUGAGAUUGGCUGAGUACAUUGAAGCAAUGAGCGGUGUGAAGGUCAGUCCAGAUGCAAUGUUUGAUGUGCAGAUAAAGCGUAUACAUGAGUACAAAAGACAGUUGCUUAACAUACUAGGCAUUAUACAUCGAUAUGACUGUAUUAAGAAUAUGGAGAAGAGUGAGAGAAGAAAGGUUGUACCUCGUGUCUGCAUUAUAGGAGGAAAAGCUGCUCCUGGUUAUGAGAUUGCAAAAAAGAUUAUUAAACUUUGUCAUGCCGUGGCAGAAAUGAUAAAUAAUGAUGCUGAUGUUGGUGAUCUUAUAAAGCUGGUUUUUAUUCCUGAUUACAAUGUCUCUGUUGCUGAGUUGGUAAUUCCUGCGGCUGACCUCUCACAACACAUAAGCACUGCAGGGCACGAGGCAUCAGGAACGGGUAGCAUGAAAUUUUUGAUGAAUGGAUGCUUACUCUUAGCUACGGCAGAUGGAUCCACUCUUGAAAUCAUUGAAGAAAUUGGUGAAGAUAACAUGUUUCUCUUUGGCGCUAAAAUGCAUGAAGUCCCAGCAUUGCGUGAGGAAGGAUCGACCCUUAAAGUUCCACUGCAAUUUGCACGUGUUGUCAGGAUGGUUCGGGAUGGCUAUUUUGGUUACCAGGAAUAUUUUAGAUCAUUAUGCGAUUCUAUAGAUGGUGGUGGGGACUUCUAUCUCCUAGGUUCUGAUUUUGAAAGUUAUCUAGAGGCCCAGGCUGCUGCAGAUAAGACAUUCGUGGAUCAAGAGAAGUGGACAGAGAUGAGCAUCCUCAGCACUGCUAGGUCUAGUAGAUUCAGUAGUGAUAGGACUAUCGAAGAGUAUGCAGCUGAGACAUGGGGAAUAGAACCAUGCAGAUGUCCUUUCUGAUCGCCAAAUCCCUUUAAUGAUAGCAUCUGAUCAACAAGUGGUUUCCAGAUUUUUAUUCCAUCCAUAUUGUUACAACCUUGUUUUCCGACAGUAACACAGGUUGACUACUGGUCUGGUCUUCUUGAUAGUUUCACCAAAAACACGUACUGGUUCUAAGUCCAGUGCCUCUGCCCAAGGAUCAGGAAUCGAGCAGGUUCACUCUGGCGUUCUUUAUCUAUAGAUCAAACUAAUCUUUAAAGUCCCAAAGUAAAUUUCAUGGAACAAGUUCUCAGUAAAUGCAGGCAUAAUCUGGAGGAUAACUGCCUUCCAAGGAAAGAGUACGGGCAAUUCCUUCUUUCCAAACUCUUGACCUCAUAUCAUUUUUGGCUUUAGAGAAGCGAUCUCAUGUCAAUUUGAUAUUCCAUCUAAAAUUUAAAGCUCGUAGUCUUAUAAUGUA